AUGGACAAUCUUUCACUGUUUAGCCAAAGCGCUUCUGUUAGCCAUCCGACCGUGGCUGACUUCAUCGAGCCCGGUAAAGAUUCACCGUAUGUUGGAAGUCCUUUUGUGGACUCAAGCCCCAGUAUGAUCUCUCGAACGGCUUUCAACCUGGCCCACAGAUUUCCCGAACCCAUGGCAGACACCAAGGCAGUGUUUAGCUCACAAACCGGUGGCUAUCCGGCGUUUACGCCUCACACCAGUCAGGUCAGGGCAGCGUGUGCCGCUCAAAACCUCAAUAGCCGAGAUUACCUCCAUCGUCAAGACCAUCUGCAAAGCUCGAACACUCUUGCCCAUGGCCAUGGGCAUUCGUUAUACGAGCCUGUGGCACCGGGAACAGGACGAUAUCCCCCUUGUCAGGGACCUUCGAUCCACUCUAACUUCAGUCCUCUGGCACUGCAUCAAGCAAGACCAGAUAUAAAGCGACACAAUUUUUAUCCGUCGAUGAAUGGCCCUCCCGAUCCUGAAGCGCCACAAAGGCCAGCUUUUCCAUUUCCAACGCCAAGCGCAGAUGUUUACUCGCGGAUGGAUAUGUACUCGCAGUCGCCCUACAGUUAUGAACAUCAUCGUUCUCUUAAUUACGCACAAAUGCACUUCCCUCAAUUUAUGAGUCAGCCCCCAAACAAAAUCAUGACCUGUGAAUGGAUUGAUCCCCAGAACUAUCCGAAGAACAAGAUCUGUGGGAAGCAAUACACUAGUAUCCACGAGAUAGUUAGACACCUAAAUGAUGAACACGUUAGCCAGAACGAUUCCCCAUUGCACGUGUGCUUUUGGAGAAACUGUGGACGUAACGGACUUCCCUUUAAAGCAAAGUACAAGCUGGUGAACCACAUUCGCGUUCACACAGGAGAAAAGCCAUUCCCAUGUCCUUUUCCCGCGUGUGGAAAACUUUUCGCUAGGUCUGAGAACUUAAAAAUUCACAAACGAACUCAUACUGGUGAAAAACCCUUCGUUUGCGAAUUUCCGGGCUGUGAUCGCCGCUUCGCCAAUUCAAGCGAUAGAAAAAAGCAUUCUCAUGUCCAUACAUCAGAUAAGCCAUAUAACUGCAAGUACCAGGGCUGCAACAAAAGCUACACUCACCCAAGUUCGCUUCGGAAGCAUAUGAAGCUUCAUGGAAUCUCGCCUUCCCCGCCGCCGCUACACGAAUCUAGUAGUCUGGAUAGAAGUCGUCUGAGUACUCCUUCACCACCGGAACAUCUUCGUCACUCGAUCAGCUCUUCCAACAGCCAAUCCUGCAGUGCGAGUACGACCAGUGAACGUAGUGAACGCGAAGUCAGCACGAACUGGUAUUCAUGUUAG